AAAACAUGUUCCACAAAAAUAAUUCAACACAAACGCGGUUGAUAUAUUUACAUGAGAUUAAGUGCUUUUUGUUACCUAUAAAUUAAUUUUACAAAUUUAACAAAAAAUGGUUCGAAAACUCAAGUUUCACGAGCAGAAACUUUUGAAAAAAGUCGACUUCUUCAACUGGAAGGAAACUAACAAUCUCAAUGAGGUGAAAGUAAUGCGUAAAUACAAUAUCCAAAGGCGUGAGGAUUACACUACAUACAACAAAUUAUCACGAAACAUCCGAGAGUUGGCCGGCAAAAUCGCCGAAGUGGACUCCAAGCAUCCCUUCCGGACGGAGAUGAGCGCUUUGCUGCUGGAGAAACUUUACGUGCUAGGUCUGAUUCCAACCAAGUGGGAUCUGGAGAAUGCCAACAAGAUCACCGCUUCGUCUUUCUGUCGGCGACGGUUACCGUUGGUGCUGCUGCGUAAUAAAAUGUCGGAGAACAUCAAACAUGCCACCAAAAUGAUCGAGCACGGCCACGUACGGGUGGGCACCGAAGUGGUCAAGGAUCCGGCCUUUCUGGUACCGCGCACACUGGAGGACUUCGUUACGUGGGUGGACGGAUCGGCGAUUAGGAAACACGUGCUGGAGUAUAAUGAUAUGAGGGACGAUUUCGAGAUGUAAUAAAGUUUGUUAUGCACGGAAA